AUGAGUAUUGUCACCUGCAUUGCACCUGUUAAUAUCGCUGUGAUCAAAUACUGGGGGAAACGUGAUGAAAACUUAAUAUUACCGGUUAAUGAUUCAAUUAGCGCGACUCUGGAUACAGAACACUUAUGUGCAAGGACAACUAUAAUGGCCAGUCCAGAAUUUAAAGAAGAUCGUAUAUGGCUCAAUGGAAAGGAACAAUCCAUAAACAACAAGAGAUUACAAAACUGCCUGAUAGGGAUGCGAAAGCGGGCGCAAAUUUCAAAUGACAUGGAAUGUUGGAAAAUUCAUAUCUGUUCAGAAAACAAUUUUCCUACUGCAGCUGGUUUAGCAUCUAGUGCUGCAGGCUAUGCAUGUCUCGUUGCAGCUUUAGCUAAAUUGUACAAAGUAGAGGGUGACAUUAGUGCAGUAGCUAGAUCAGGUUCUGGAUCAGCAUGUCGUAGUAUGAUGGGAGGAUUUGUAAGGUGGCACAUGGGCUCCGAUCCAAAAGGCAGUGAUAGUUUAGCUAAACAAAUUGUUUCACCUUCCCAUUGGCCAGAAAUGAGAGUUCUGGUAUUAGUCGUGAAUGAUGGUCGUAAAAAGGUUUCCAGUGCACUUGGAAUGAAGAGAUCUAUUGAAACUUCAGAACUACUGAAGUAUAGAGCGGAACAUGUGGUACCAAGGAGAGCGAAUGAAAUGAACGAAGCAAUUCUUCAAAAAAAUUUUGAAAAGUUUGCUGAAUUAACUAUCAAAGAUUCUAAUCAAAUGCAUGCAGUAUGCCAGGAUACAUAUCCUCCAUGUCAUUACAUGAACGAUGUAUCCUUUACUUUAGUGAAUUUAGCACAUUCGUACAAUUCAGCUGCAAAUGAAAUUAAGGUGGCAUAUACAUGCGAUGCUGGUCCAAAUGUUACAGUAUACAUAUUAGAAAAAAAUGUAGCAGAAUUUAUUAGUAUUCUGGACUUUUAUAUCCCACCUGCAGAUGACUUAACUGUUGAAUAUAGAAAAGGAAUUCCUAUUCAGCUCAUUUCUCCUAAGCAGGAUCUUAUAGAAAAAAUUAAUCUUGAGAAACAAGUGCCUGGGUUAUUGAAGUACAUUAUUCAUACAAGAGUUGGUGAUGGACCAAAAUAUCUUAGUGAUCAAAAAGAUCAUCUUCUCGACACUAAAAUGGGAUUACCUAUUAGAUCAUUGACACAUCAAUGACAAAUGUUAUUAAAUACCUUCUGAAACCGGGAUAAAUGCAUAAUAAAAUUUAAAUAUUUUUCAAGAUAUAAUUAUUUUGUCUACUUUUAGAAAUAUAUAAUAAAAACAAUAAUCAAUAAACAAGUAUGACAAUGA